UCGCACCCUGAAUUCAAAGUACGGACUAUCUGUCCUUGUAUUUGACAUUGGUCCGGAUCUCUCUCUCUCUCUCGUGUAUACAACACAACAGUAGUUUUUUGAAGUAGUACAAAAUUAGGGUUUUGUGGGGGGAUCGAAUCAAAUCAGCGAAAUGUGGAUUUUUGGAAGAAAAGGUCCUUCUGGGUUCUCAGCCUGUUCUACAGCUGAGGAAGUUACUCAAGGAAUUGAUGGGACUGGCCUCACUGCCAUUGUUACAGGGGCAUCAAGCGGUAUUGGCACAGAGACUACACGUGUCCUCGCCUUGCGUGGUGUACAUGUAGUUAUGGCAGUUAGAAAUAGAGAUACCAGUGGAAAAGUCAAAGAAGCUAUACUUAAGGAAAACCCAAAUGCUAAACUCGAUGUUAUGGAAUUAGAUCUCGGUUCAAUGGCAUCUGUAAGGAAAUUUGCUUCGGAAUACAAGUCCUCGGGCCUUCCUUUAAACCUCCUCGUUAACAAUGCAGGGGUUAUGGCUCCACCUUUCAUGCUUACCCAAGACAAUUUAGAACUGCAGUUUGGAACUAACCAUAUCGGUCAUUUUCUCUUGACAAAUCUCUUGUUGGAAACCAUGAAAAGUACAGCACGUGAAAGCCAGAAAGAAGGAAGGAUUGUUAAUGUGUCAUCAGAGGGUCAUCGGUAUGCAUACCGUGAAGGGGUUCGUUUUGAUAAAAUCAAUGAUGAAUCUAGUUUCAGCCCCAUAUCUGCCUAUGGACAAUCAAAGCUUGCUAACAUAUUGCAUGCUAAUGAGCUGGCAAAGCGCUUUAAGGAAGAAGGGGUGGAGAUUACUGCUAAUUCACUUCAUCCAGGAGCCAUUCCCACCACCAAGCUUCUGCGUCACCAUAGCAUUCUUGAUGGCUUGGCAAACAUGGUUGCUAAAUAUUUCAUGAAAGAUUGUCCACAGGGAGCAGCAACCACGUGCUACGUGGCAUUGCAUCCGCAAGUUAAGGGGGUAAGCGGGGAGUAUUUUUCAGACAGCAAUCUAGCAAAACCAAGUGCUUUGGCUAAGGAUGAAGAGUUGGCAAAGAAAUUGUGGGACUUCAGCGUGACCUUGACCGAUUCCAAAUGACAGUUUUUGUUGAAUUGAUUUCUGUGAAGCCUUUGAAACUUUCCUGGAUUCUUAAGUUGAUGAACCCCUAGGGGUGUUAUACUUCAGUACCUAGAGUGGUGUUGUACUUGAUUUUGUUAGCUUGAAUGAAACACAGCAUAUAUAGAAGCAUACAAUUCCGACCAUCA